CACGCUGAGCGACAGGAGCGGUUUAUCGUGAAGGACUGCUCUCUCUCUGAAACAUGCCUGUAAAUACUGACUGAUUUUUAUAUCCUGGCACAUCAAAGAUAAUCGGAUCUACCUGUGAACCAUCUCUUCUUCUCAUCCGGUGAAGAUCUUUUUUUUCGGUGAGCGAUGCCGCCGGCGUCCAGCUGCGACUGCCCUCACCUGGAUUGUGUGGGGGAGAUCACCAAGGAGGAACUUAUUCAGAAAUCUCACGGCCAGUGCCAAGACUGUAAAGUCGGAGGACCAAAUUUGUGGGCGUGUUUGGAGAAUGGCUGCGCGUACGUAGGCUGCGGAGAAUCUCACACUGACCACAGCACUGUCCACUCACAGGAGACACGACACAACCUGACAGUGAACCUGACCACGCUUCGAGUGUGGUGUUACGCCUGUGGGAAGGAAGUGUUCUUGGAGCGUAAACUCGGCCCUCACUCACCCCACGCCAACAGUAAACCCCUUCCCUCCUCACAGAAUGCUGCUCAGGAUAACAGCAGGGCCCCUGGGAGCCCGACCUCUUUGAGAGUGCCCCCUAAUGGUGGCUGUGAAGACCUGGACAUGGAGACAGAAGAGGAAGACGAACUGCGUGCCCGAGGCCUCACAGGUCUGAAGAACAUCGGCAACACCUGCUACAUGAACGCUGCCCUCCAAGCCCUGUCCAACUGUCCGCCCUUGACACAGUUCUUUCUUGAAUGCGGUGGCCUGGUGAGAACGGACAAGAAGCCUGCACUCUGCAAAAGCUACCAGAAACUAGUGUCUGACCUGUGGCACAAGAACAGACCCUCCUAUGUGGUCCCGACCAACUUGUUCCAGGGGAUCAAAGCCAUAAACCCCAUGUUCAGAGGAUAUUCUCAGCAGGUUGGUGCUUUGCAGAUGGACUCCCAGGAGUUUCUGCGCUGCUUGAUGGAUCAGCUCCACGAAGAGCUGAAGGAGCCGCUGCUCGAGCCUUACGACCAGUCCAACGGCGUCACGGUGGACGACGGCCCGGAAGAGGACAACCGCAGCCAGUCAGACACCGACUUCCAGUCAUGCGAGUCCUGCGGCAGCAGCGAGCGAGCCGAUAACGAAGUGCUGGGUGGGAACGUGCUGAUGGACGUCACCAACGAGGCAGAGAUGCUGAUUCCUGAGCAAGAUGAGAUCCAGGCCAACAGGGAGUGGCAGAAGGAGAAGAACAUGAUUAAUGACCUGUACCGCUGCGGGGUAAAUGGCGUUAUGGGUGGAAGCAAUGGAGCGGACAUAGACAAAGAUGUUGACACCACCACUGAGACCACACCCAUUAUCAGCAGCCAGGGAGCCAUCAAGGUUCAGGGCAGAACAUCAGAUUCCUUCCCAGACAUUCAAAUCUCCAACAACAUAAGACCGCAGAGUCCAGUCCCCAUGGAGGGACACAUUUCCAAAAUGUCCAGCAGCCCACCCAAAGCUGCCUCCGGCUGGCCCAAUCUUAACCCUGCACACAAGAAAGCAGUGACCACAUUCUCGCCACCAAAGAGCAAACGUCAGAAGAAAUACCGCAGUGUCAUCUCAGAUGUGUUCGAUGGCACCAUUGUCAGCUCAGUUCAGUGCCUCACCUGUGAUCGGGUUUCUGUGACCCUGGAGAACUUCCAGGAUAUCUCGUUGCCCAUUCCGGGCAAGGAGGACCUGGCCAAGCUCCACUCGGCCACCCACCAGACCUCCCUGGUAAAAGCUGGCUCCUGUGGGGAAGCUUAUGCACCGCAGGGUUGGAUCGCCUUUGUCAUGGAGUACAUUAAGAGUUGGUUCUGGGGUCCAGUGGUGACGCUACAAGAUUGUCUUGCAGCUUUCUUUGCCAGAGAUGAACUAAAAGGAGACAACAUGUACAGCUGUGAGAAAUGCAAGAAAUUACGAAACGGAGUCAAAUUUUGUAAAAUGCAAAGUUUGCCGGAGAUCCUGUGUAUCCACUUGAAGCGCUUUAGACAUGAACUGAUGUUCUCGACCAAGAUAAGCACCCAUGUCUCCUUCCCGCUUGAGGGUCUGGACCUGCAGCCUUUCCUUGCCAAAGACAGCACUGCCCAGACCACCAACUAUGACCUGCUGUCUGUCAUCUGUCACCACGGCACUGCCAGCAGUGGACACUACAUAGCCUACUGCAGGAACGAUGCGAACAAUCUGUGGUAUGAAUUUGACGACCAAAGUGUGACAGAGGUCUCGGAGUCCUGCGUCCAGAAUGCUGAAGCUUAUGUGCUCUUCUAUAAAAAAAGCAACGAGGACGCACUGAAAGAACGUCGGAGGGUGUCAGGUUUACUCAACAUGAUGGAGCCCAGCCUCCUGCAGUUCUACGUCUCCCGACAGUGGCUUAACAAGUUCAAGACCUUUGCAGAGCCGGGACCAAUUUCCAACGAUGACUUCCUGUGUUCGCAUGGAGGCGUGCCCCCCAACAAAGCAACGUUUAUUGACGACCUGGUAGUAAUGCUGCCACAGAACGUUUGGGAUCACCUGUACAGCAGGUACGGAGGAGGACCAGCUGUCAACCACCUGUAUGUUUGCCACACGUGCCAGAUUGAGAUAGAAAAACUGGAGAAACGGCGCAAGUCGGAGCUGGACAUGUUUGUCAGGCUGAACAAGGCGUUCCAGGAGGAGGAGUCUCCAGUGGUCAUAUACUGCAUCAGCAUGCAGUGGUUUCGUGACUGGGAGGGCUUUGUCAAAGGAAAAGACAAUGAUCCACCGGGACCAAUUGAUAAUUCCAAGAUAACAGUAAACAAGAACGGCCAUUUAACACUCAAACAAGGAGCUGACUCGGGGCAGAUCUCUGAGGAGACGUGGAACUUCCUCCACUCUAUCUACGGCGGCGGUCCCCUGGUGACAGUUCGGCCAAACAUUAGCCACCAGGAAGCAGAACCAUCACAGUCGGAGGAGAAGAUAGAGGUGGAGACGCGCUCUGUUUAAUCAAAGCACUCGACAGCAAACAGCGAAAAGAAAAAAACAUUUAAGAAACAAAAAAGCCUUUUUAUUUUGCACUUGACUUUUAUUUAAAAAAAGCAUUCAAAGCAAAGGACCUCAUCUUUACCGCUACAUGACAGCCUUUGACAGCUGACAGAGGGAAUUAACAUGUCUCUAAAAAGGUUUGUCAUGUUGUACAAAUAUGUAUAAAGAGCUCCUGAAUUUCUAUUAGCACUGUAGUAUUCAUGUUUCAGGUUGUUUUCAGAACCAAGCAUUUAAAUUGUGUGCAGCUAAAAAAAAAAAAAAAAAAAUCCACUGAAUGCCAUAUUAUUUUUUUCUCUCUUGACCAAAUGAGCACAUAUUGUAUGUCCAUGUGUCUUGUGUUGCUGAUACCGAUGAAUCACAAUACAUCUUGCUGUAGAUAUGACUCACUUUUUCUGUUGUAAGAUAAUAUUGUCCAAUGAAUAGUAAAGAGGAGCAAAUUGUGACACUUCAAGUGAUUAAAAUUAUAAGGUUAUGAAGGGACUAAUUACCGGCUAGUCUCAGGAAUGAAUUUUGUGUUUUGCACUGUUCUGUAGACUUACAAAUUUGGCAUGCUCACGCAGAUGUCUGGUUUGCAUUUGAAUGUACCAGUACUGAUAGUAUGUUGGUCAAGAUUCAGCACUUGGUUAUUUAUGACAGAAGGGAGUGUUUUAAUAUGAUGUUAAUAGAUUUUUUGUAAAAAAUAUGUGGCAGGCAGAGUCAGUUAAGAAUGCAUGCUUUAACACUAAAUCCCAGUUUAACAUCACAUGUAACUGCAUGUAAAUGCAAAGCUGCUCAUAAAAUGUGCGCGCCAAUCACAAUCCGGAUCAAUCUUCACUAAAUUGUACAGCUACAGAAAGCACAUUGCAGUAUAUGUAAUCAGCAUUAUCAUCAGCAAUCUAAUUAAAGGCAUUAUUUUUGUGUAUGGGCAUGGUGUUGCUUCAUGUGUUGGCUGAUAACGGGGAUAAACAGGAUGCUGUACUGUAUGUUUUUUGCAUAUGGAUGUCCCUUGAGUAAGAACUGUUCUGAUUUUUGCUGGCUGGCACUAUUAAAACUUGAUGGAAACUUGUUGAA